UCAAGUGGAAACGUGGAACCGGAAAACGUGACAGGAAGGACCUUUUUCGUCUCAGCUCUGCAAGUGCAAAGAGUUAGUUACACCAUACGCCGAUAGUAAGUUUGUUUUAAAGCAACGGCUAAAUAAAGAGUUUAAAACAUUCAACGAUAGGGCUGGUUUAGCACUGUCCUCAUCAUGAAGAUUUUUGUAUUGUUUUCCCUCUUAUUCUUGCCUUUGUGUUGCCCGAGUAAACACAGAAUUUUGUAUCGUAAAAAUUUGGUUGCUCGAGGAGUGCACGGGCGCCGAGAGAUGGUGCUUCGAACAGUGAAGUCCGACCAGGCAUUCAGCGACUACAUGAAGAAAAUAAUCGGUAAUUUUCGGGUUUUAAUGAGAACCGGAAGUGAUGAGUUGCACCUUCCAGUCCUGGAUCCCCUGAAGCUCCCCAACAAAAACAUAAACAAGAACAAUCAUGGGACGCGGAUUCGAGCUCAGUUAAAAAAUCUUAAGAUCAGCGGUUUAUCACAAAUUCAAAUAAGUACCCUCCAAGCAGAUGUCCGAAAUUUGAAGCUUGAGCUAGGGCUGUUGAUUCCGAAUUUGUCUGUUACUGGAACGUACUUCUUAGAUGGCAUAGUGGCUAGGCUUUUCCCGCUUAAUGGAAACGGCAAAUUUCAAGUCACAGCUACUAAUGCUAAAAUAUAUGGAGCUGCUGUACUGAUCCUGACAUCUGGCGGUACAAUUCAAUUAGAUAACGUCGACUUGGACAUCGAUUUCCGUGCCAUUGGUGUUCGUUUUGAUAAUCUGCUCGGGGGUGGCCCUUUCGGCGCAUUUUUGAACAAACUUAUGACUUCAUUUGGCCAUAAGAUAUUUAAUGUCUUUAAGGGCCAUUUGAUUGAGAAGUUAGAAACGAGCUUUAAAAAGUCUGUCAAUAGAGACUUGGCCAAAGUGAAGUUUGCGAACAUAAUUCAAGGAAAACUGUAGCAGGCGACAUGAAGCACCCGAAUUAAAUUUUUAAAUGUUAAUACUGUCUAUUAUAUUGCGCCAUUAAGAUAUUUAAAGGGUUCAUGUGCAUAUUUUAGACGACUUCUCUAAAACACUUCCUGUUCAAUAAAGUGAAAAAUAAUUCUUUCCGUCCCUUUU